AUGUCAGUGGAGGAGAAACUCCAAACUCAAUUUCCAGACACCGUUUACACAGCACUGGCACCACCAGACCGUCAUCCCGGAUUCAACUACAAGGGCUUUCACCCAGGCCGGGUUACCCGACUUCCGAGGGGCCAUGUUAAGGAGCCCGGAUAUCAGGCGUUCCCAGUGGAUGUGACUUGGGAAGAAGACCAAGCAAUCCCCACGCGUGAUGGUGUAAAGCUCUAUGCAGAUAUUUUUCGUCCCACUGAUGAGAGUGAGAAGGUACCCGCAAUCAUACCCUGGAGCCCAUAUGGGAAGGUCGGGACCAGUACUCUCAGCUACGAUAAUAUGGGGCCGUGGCGAAUCGGUAUUCCCUACCAGAAUCUUAGCGGAUAUGAGACCUUUGAAGGUCCCAACCCGGCGGAAUGGUGUUCUCGGGGCUAUGCUGUUGUCGAUGUCGACGCCAGGGGGACUGGGCAUUCGGAGGGCAACCUCAUGUUCUGGGGCGAACAGGAAGCAGUUGACAUCUAUGAUACAAUCAGCUGGAUCGCCCAGCAGCCGUGGUGCAAUGGAUCAGUAGUUAUGGCGGGGAACUCUUGGUUGGCUAUUUCACAGCUCAACUUUGCGUCCCGCUUCCAGCACCCAAAUCUGAAGGCAAUCGCCCCAUGGGAAGGAUUGACUGAUCUCUAUGCUCAUCAGAUAUGCCGUGGAGGAAUCCCGAGGCCUGCAUUUGGUGAAUUGGUCCUCCAUGCAUUGGCAGGCUUUGGAAAGGCAGAGAAUAUCGGUGCCAUGUUAAAGUCUCGUCCAUUGUUCGACGAAUACUGGGAGGGAAAGCAAAUCAAACCGGAAGGUAUCAAGGACAUUCCAAUGUAUCUGACAGCCUCCUACUCGACCGGACUACACUGCGAGGGCUCCUUCAGAGCGUUUGAAGCAGCACAGACAUGUCGGAAAUGGCUACGCGUGCACUCAACGCAAGAGUGGCAUGACCUAUACAGACCAGAAGCCACGGAUGACCUGCAGCGUUUCUACGACUACUAUGCUAAAGGUAUCCAAAACGGCUGGGAGGCGGAAACACCCCGUGUGCGACUGACCCUAUUGGGAUACGAGGGUAGUAUGAUGAAAGCAAUUAUCGAGCGCCCUGAAGCGCAGUGGCCUCCGGCAAGGCAACAUAUCCGUCGCUAUUACCUGGACGCUGCUACUCAAUCCUUUAGCAUAGCUAAGCUUGUUAACUCUGCCAGUAUUACUCACGAAGGACAUUCAAUGACAGCCUCCUCUGAUUUCACUCUUAUCUUCGAUCGAUAUACCGAACUAUGCGGACGUCCAUUUGUGAAGCUGUACAUGUCUUGCAAUGUGAAAGAUGACUUUGAUGUUGUGGUGCAGAUCCGCAAAACCUCUGCAUCUGGAGAGCUUCUUGAGUCUCUUAACUGGUCGCCGAUGCCCGCACCAGGGCCCAAGGUCCCGAAUGUCAAUGUCGCAAAGCAUUUAGGGCAGCAGGGAAUGCUCCGAGCAUCGCACCACGUGAGCUUACAACCCCGAGCUGGCGAAGAUGAGGUGCCAGUGUAUGAUCACCGCAGCCGCGAAGCGAUCGUUCCCGGAGAGAUCGUUCCCCUUUUGAUCCCAAUAUGGCCCCUGGGUGUGAUCUUUGAGGCCGGUGAAGGCUUGAUGCUACGGAUCUCCGGUCACGAUAUGUCACUUCCGGAAGCAGAGUCGCUGAGGUUGACAGCUCCAGGAGAUGAUAAUGAAGGAAAGCACACAGUGCACACCGGCGGAGAUUAUGAGAGCUAUCUUGCCAUUCCAGUGAUUAGCUAA